UUAACUAUUCUGAAAGACUUUUUCACACAUCUAUUUAAAAAUUGAACGAGGUGUUCGCUACGUAUUCCAAUGAACGACCAGAAAUAAGUGGUUUAUUCAACUAUUGCUUUAAGGAACCUCCCAAUGCUUGGAUAUCGUACCAAUGGAUAAUGGCUAUUAAGACCUGUACUGGAGCUUAUGACAUCGCAAUUAAUGUUUUUAAGUUAAACGGCGGUUUCUUAGAAUAUGCUUUCGAAGACUCGUUUUCUGACAUGCGGUUUGCUUUCAAACUCAACGUCUUAUCUGAAUGCGAACAUAAUUUUCAGUUAUAUGCUGCCAGACAAUAUUUUUAUAAGUAUUAUUAUAUACAACUACAAGUAGAGAAAUUAAAUAUUCACCAUUAAAUAAUAAGCCCUAAUUAGGCGUAAAAAAAUAACAUUUUAUAGAGAUACAUUGAUGUACAGACAUAGUACAUGAUUGUCGCCAACAGGUGAACGAGAAACUGUGCCGCCGCCACUGAAGGGGUUAGUCAGCCACUGUAGCCGAAGUCUUGGAAUUGGGAUGCGUCAUCCGCAUAUACAAUAUCUUAGAUGUACAUACCAUACGGUAUAUUAUGGAAAAUGUCAGUGAUUCAGUUUUGAUCUUAACAUCAUAGUAUUCGCAACUAUGUUGAUCGAAGUAAUAUCGUAUUCAGACGUUAAAAAAAUUGUUUUUAAAAAAAGCCUGAAAAAAUUUGACCAAUAUCAAAUUUAAAUAUUUUUGUUCCGGUUUUUGAGUUGAAGGUUGGUUUGUUAAUAUGAUUUUAUGUGCACGAGUUGUCGAUGAUAGUGCGUUAUCAUCCCGAUCGAUUUGCUAGAUUUUUGACGGAAAUGCUUUGGUUUAAAGUGAAAAAUAGGUAAUGUCCAGUUCUGUCGAUGAUACAUCAGAUGGUCGAAAUUCUACGGAUAACGUUGUUUUGCCUAACGAUCCGAUUGACUGGACCAAGGACCACGUUGCUGCGUGGUUAAAGUGGUGUGCGAAUCAAUUAGAAUUAUGGCCAUUGCCAAGACCUGAAGAUUUUCCAGAUUCUGGACGUGGACUUUGUUCUUUGAAUAGAUCAGAAUUCGAUUGUAGAUCGAGAAACAGAAGAUCUGGUCGAUUAUUGUUGUUACACUUGUCACUUCUAAGACAACCUGUCACAGGAACACCUCCCAGUCCUAGUUUGACUACACCUGAUGAAGACCCUUAUGAAGUAGUUAAUGCAGCAAGUAGUCGUUUGAUUGCACAGGCUAGUGCUGGUUCUGGUCAAAUACAACUGUGGCAGUUUUUGUUAGAACUGUUAGCUGAUUCCAAUAACGUGGGGUGUAUUUGUUGGGAUGGUCCUGGAGGAGAGUUCAAACUCAUCGACCCAGAUGAGGUAGCAAGACGAUGGGGGGAACGCAAAUCUAAACCCAAUAUGAAUUAUGAUAAAUUAAGCAGAGCACUAAGGUACUACUACGAUAAAAAUAUUAUGACCAAAGUACAUGGAAAAAGAUAUGCUUACAAAUUUGAUUUUCAUGGAUUAAUGACUGCUUGUCACCAAAGUCAAUCACAGCUUACUCAGACAUCACAACCAACUGCAGCUGGUCAAACUCCAUCUUCAGCAUCGUCUACAUCAUCGACAGCGCCGGAUUUCGGAGGACUUUAUAGUCAGCAGCAGGUAUCAACGCCUACCCCAAUUUUCCCCACUGGACCUUCUUACUGGGCAUCGUCUGCAGCCGGUUUGUCUACCUUGUACCAUCAUCAACAUCCAAAUACACCCCGAACAUAUCCGCCAUAAUAUUUACCUUAAAAUAAUGUAAUCAAUAAUUGUGUUAUAGAUAAAUUAUUAAUUUAUAUAUAUGUAUUUUUGUUGUUUUCCUUGAGGCAUAUCUAGACUGUAUUAAUAGUUUUGAAGUAAUCAAAAAUAUUUUUUUUUUGAUUACAUAACUAUUACGAUUUCUCAUACAAGUUCGAAAAAAUAUUAAAAAUAGUCAAGAUUGGUUUCCUUAUAACAAAAUGUUAAAAAUUAUUAUUACACUUUUAUUUAAACAGUAUGAAGUAGGAAUUUUUAUUUUAAUUUUGAAUACUUUAUGAAACUGUUACAAAUGACAUGAUACAAAACUCUAAAUUUGGCUAAGGGUAAACUUGUAAAUACAUACAUGUACACAUUUUGUCAAAUUGACUUUAAAAAUAAUCAGUUGUAAAAUUGCUGGUGUAACAAAAUUUUUGUACUAAAUAUUAUAGUAAAAAAUGUAAUUUUAACAUGUUAUGUUUGUAAAUAUAAUUUAAUGUUAUAUC